UCCUUAUACUCCAAUAUUCUCCAACAAAAGACUUUCAAAACAUAUGUCGAGAUUUUUGAUUUACUUCCUGCCUUUUUUCAUUUAUUCAGGGAACGUUUUAUCAAAAACUAGUUGUCUUAUGGCAACUGGAGUCUUAAAAUGCCCAACAGAUCCUGAAGCUGUUAAAAAAGUGCAUAUCGAUUUGUGGGAUGAAGAUUCAUUACCUCUAGAAUCGGAUGACUUGAUGGGUCGAACAUGGAGCGACCGUAACGGGAAUUUCCAAGUGACUGGUUGUGCAAGUGACUUUGGUCCAAUUAAUACACCUGAUCCAUAUUUAUAUAUUCAACACAAUUGCCCACAUCGUGAUAGUAAUGCUACAAAUCCUAUACAGAUUGACGUAAUACCCCUGUUCCUACCAUCAAUUGUCCGUCUUGGUAAUGUUUAUCUAGAUCGAUACCUUGAAGACUACUAAAGAACUCAACUGCAAAUAAAAUGAUUGCCGUAAAGUCAAUGUUUGCAUAAAACUGUUCAUGAUUUCUGUCUCGAUAUACUUCCGACCUCCUUUUCAUCUAUGUCUCUCAAAUCUGGUAUAAUAAAAGUCAAAUAUUCU